UGUUCCUGGGUGAUGAGUGAGUGCACAGAGCUCCAGUAGGUGGCGCUGUGAGCGUCUAGAUGUCCCACAUUCCCAGAACUAGAAGAAGACGUGCUGCAGUGUUGCUGAUUGAUGAGCUGAGCUCUCCGACUCUACUAAUCAUCUUUCCAUUCAGAUAUUUCUCCCAGGGUUUUACCUCCACACUUCCAUCUGCUCAAGCUCAAGAUUUUUAAUGGUGUCCUGUCUUCUUCUGUGGUCCACUUUCCUACACAUUUUAAAUUUCCCACCACAAGAACAUCAGAAGAUCUGACUAGGAUGAAGUCAGAAGAGAUUAAAUGUGAGAGUCCGGAACCCACAGAGAGCUCGAGUAGUCACCAAAGCUCAUCUGAUACUAACCACACAAUCACCCCUCACAGAAAAAGACAAACUCACCACUGCUCACAGUGUGGGAAGAGUUUCAGCGAAAGGACUAAUUUCCGACGACACCUGCGCAUUCACACAGGAGAGAAACCGUAUCAGUGUUCGCACUGUGGGAAGAGAUUUACUGAGAACGGUCAGCUUAGACAGCACCAGAGAAUUCACACAGGAGAGAAGCCGUAUCACUGCUCAGACUGCGGGAAGAGCUUUAGACAAAAGAGUAGUCUCACAAAACAUCAGCGCGUUCACACAGGAGAGAAGCCGUAUAGCUGCUCGGACUGUGGGAAGAGAUUUACACAAACUAGUAGCCUCCGACAACACCGGUGCAAACCGUAUAAACCGUAUUACUGCUUAGAAUGCGGAAAGAGUUUUAAACAUGUCCUUAGUCUCCAGUUACAUCAACGUAUUCACAAAGGGAACAAAUCGUAUGACUGCUCACAGUGUGGCAAGACUUUUGCAAGCCUGAGUACUCUCCAGCGACACCACCGCAUUCACACAGGAGACAAGCCAUUUACGUGUUCCCAGUGCGGUAAGAGUUUUAUUGAGAACUGUAAGCUCAUAAACCACCAGCGCAUUCACACCGGAGAGAAGCCGUACAGCUGUUCACAGUGUGGGAUGAGUUUUACAGAAAGGAGGUCUCUCCAGCAACACCUGCGCAUUCACACCGGAGAGAAGCCGUACCAGUGUUUAGAGUGUGGGAAACACUUUAACAGAACGACUGCUCUCCGAGUUCACCAGCAAACCCACACGGGACAGAAGCCCUAUCACUGUUCUCAGUGUGGGAAGAGUUUUACUACGCACAGAAGUUUCCGGCAACAUCAGCACAUUCACACAGGAGAGAAACCGUAUCAGUGCUCCUACUGUCAGAAGAGUUUUACACAAUGGGCUACUCUCUAUAAACAUCAACGCAUCCACACUGGAGAUAAACCGUAUCACUGCUUAGAGUGUGGGAAGACUUUUAAUCGAGUGGACAGUUUCCAGUUACACCAGCAUGUUCACAGUGGACAGAAGCUCCAUUACUGCUCAGACUGUGGGAAGAGUUUUCCUAGCAUGAGCCAUCUCCAAAAACACCAGCGUAGUCAUGCUGAGAAGUCGUAUCACUGCCCUAUGUCCCACAUUCCCAGAACUAGAAGAAGACGUGCUGCAGUGUUGCUGAUUGAUGAGCUGAGCUCUCCGACUCUACUAAUCAUCUUUCCAUUCAGAUAUUUCUCCCAGGGUUUUACCUCCACACUUCCAUCUGCUCAAGCUCAAGAUAUGAGUGGUGUCCUGUCUUCUACUGCUGUCGUGUUUCCUACGCAUCUUGAAAUUACCUCCACAAGAACAUCAAGAGAUCUAACUAGAAUGAAGACAGAUGAGAUUAAAUGUGAGCAUCUGGAGCCCACAGAGAUCUCAAGCAGUCACCAAAGCUCAUCUACUCCUUUCCACGAUAACGCCUCUCCCAGACUAAUGCAAAAAGAACUUCACUACUGCUCAAUGUGUGGGAAAAGCUUCAGACAAAAGAGCACUCUCAAACAACACCAGCGUAUUCAUACCGGAGAGAAGCCGUACCACUGCUCGGAGUGUGGGAAAAAUUUUAAUCGAGAAGACACUCUCCACGUACACCAGCGUGUUCACACUGGAGAGAGACCGUAUUCCUGCUCACAGUGUGGGAAGAGCUUUCGUAACCAGAGUAAUCUCCUAAAACACCAGCGCAUUCACAAAGGAGAGAAGCCGUAUCACUGCUCGGAGUGUGGAAAAAAUUUUAAUCGAGAGGACACUCUCCACGUACACCAACGCAUUCACACUGGAGAGAAGCCAUAUUCCUGUUCAGAGUGUGGGAAAAGCUUUCGCAACCAGAGUAAUCUCCUAAAACACCAGCGCAUUCACUCAGGAGAAAAGCUGUAUCUGUGCUCGGAGUGUGGGAAGAGUUUUAAUCGAGAGGACACUCUCCACGUACACCAACGCAUUCACACCGGAGAGAAGCCGUAUUCCUGCUCACAGUGUGGGAAAAGCUUUCGCAACCAGAGUAAUCUCCUUAAACACAAGCGCGUUCACUCAGGAGAAAAGCCGUAUCACUGCUCGGAGUGUGGAAAGAAUUUCAGUCAAAAGAGUUAUCUAAAAAAUCACCAGUUUGUUCACACAGGAGAGAAGCCAUAUUGCUGCUCGCUUUGUGGUUAUAGCUUUGCUUACCUCUGUAAUCUCCAGCAACACCAGCGCAAUCACACAGGACAGAAGCUGUAUCAGUGUUCACACUGUGGGAAGAGUUUUAGUACGCACAGAAACUUUCAGCGACACGAGCACGUUCACACAGCUGAGAAUGAGGACAUGCAGCAGUUCUCAGAUCUUUUUCUCAUCACUGUUCCUCCCUCCAGCCCAGCAGGUGGCGAGAACACACUAAAACUCCAAGCAGAAGAAGCAGAAAGCUCCAGUAGGUGGCGCUGUGAGUGUCUAGCUGUGUCACAUCCACACAAACAGAAGAAGACGUGCUGCAUUUUGCUGAUUGGCAUUAAAUUAUUUCUGACAGGGUUUUACCUCCACACUUCCAUCUGCUCCGCUGUGGGUGUAUUUGAGGUUUUCAGCUGCAGUUCUGCUGUAAAGCUCGAGAUGAGUGGUGUCCUGUCUUCUCCUGCUGUCCGCUUUCCUAUCAAUUAUAAAUUUACCUCCACAAGACCAUCAAAAGAUCAGACUACCAUGAAGGCAGAAGAGAUUAAAAGUGAGAAUCUAGAACCUACAGAGAGCUCCAGUAGUCAGCAGUGGUCAUUUGGGUCUUUCCUCACUGACACCUCUCUCAGAAUUAUACAAAAAGAGAUUCACCAGUGCUCACAGUGUGGGAAAAUUUUCAGUCAAAAGAGUAAUCUCAAUCAGCACCAGCGUAUCCACUCAGGAGAGAAGCCGUAUCAGUGCUCGCAGUGCGGGAAGAGUUUCAAUCAGAAGAGUAAUCUCAAACAGCACGAGCGUAUCCACUCAGGAGAGAAGCCGUAUCACUGCUCAGACUGUGGGAUGAGUUUUACGCAAAGAAGCCAUCUCCAGCAACACCAGCGCAUUCACACAGGAGAGAGGCCCUAUCACUGCCUGGAGUGUGGGAAGAGUUUCAGUGACCAGAGCAAUCUGCAGCAGCACCAGCGCAUUCACACCGGAGAGAAGCCCUAUCAGUGCUCGGCCUGUGGGAUGAGUUUUACACAGAAGGGUAAUCUCCAGAAACACCUGCUCUUUCACACUGGAGAAAAACCCUUUCACUGCUUGGAAUGUGGCCGGAGUUUUACACAAGGAGCUGAUCUUCAAGAGCACCAACACGUUCACACUGGGGAAAAGCCGUAUUACUGUUCAGCGUGUGGGAAGAGUUUUACUCGGCAUAGCAGUUUCCAGCGACACCAGCACAUUCACACUGGAGAGAAGCCGCAUCACUGCACGGUGUGUGGGAAGGGUUUUACUCGGUAUACUAAUCUGCAGCGGCACAAACUCAUUCACACGGCUGAGAUCGAGGACAUGCUGCAGUUCUCAUCAGAACAUGUGGAAAUCAACUAGGUCCAUUCUAAAUACUUAUAUCGGGCCAAAUGAGAUUUAUACAGAAAUAUAGUGUGGUAGUUUUGUGUAUUCCUUUAUAUUUACUAGAGGAGCAGUGAUUUUAUCAACACUAAGAAACUAUAAAGUUUUAUACAGUUUAUGAAGUAACAAUGUACUAUUCCAGAACAUUCUUUACUCAGUGAAGGAGUAGAUGUUUUUAGUAGUUUAAUACUAACAGGUGCCCAGUUUAGAUAUACAGAUAUAUUGGUAAUGUAAGAUAUUAUCCAGAUAUCAAUAUAAUAUGUGUGGCUGCCUGCGAAAUCCCUGGUCACAUGGUCGGAUUUUGCUAUGUUCUACUUCAUACUGUACUGAAAAAGUUUUCCUGAGCUGAAACAUUUCAUUUUUGCAUGUAUCUCAAUCAUGUAAACAUUUUAAACUUGGUCAGCUGCCAUCUGUACAGUGCUCUUCUGUAUUUUGAUGAUGAUGAUGAUGAUGAUGAUAUGACAGCACAUCUGCUUAUAAUCUGAAUUGAUUUCAUUUUGCUUGAUGUUUGCUCCAGAAUCACGAUCAAAUCAUGACAUUCACCGCGUGAAUAAAUCACACUCGGCUAUCGGGAAUUUUCAGUAGUCAGACUGACUGUUUUUACUGCUGUGUUUGUUAAACCUUUCACAGUACGUUAGAAAAAGAUGAUUAGAAGUUAGAAAAUUGAAUGCAUUAGAACAUUUCCACAUCAUUUUCUCAAAAUAUUGUUGUGAAAGUAUAAUAUAAUUAUAAUUAAUAUAAUAUAAUAUACACUCCUGGCUUCUUCACUGUGAGGAUGGAUUAUCCUUUUCUUUUAUCUUGUUUAAUAUGAAUGUAUAUACGUGUGAAUUAUUAAAGAAAUAUUUUAGGUGUUGUUUCAUGCAUGAGUUUCUGUCUCAUGCAGCUGUGAUAACUGAUAGCCUGAGACACUAUCGCACAUUCUGUAAAUGUGCAAAUGUAAAUGUGUGUAGGAAGACCAUGUGAGUCUUGAGAGUGUGAGAAACGGGCUGCACUAGCAAACGAGACAGUUGUAACCUCUUCGCAACUGCCAGUAAGAUAAGAGUUCUUUGUUUCAUGUAAUCAGACAAAGUUAUUAAGAUGUAAAUUGUGUGAUACUAGAAAAACUGAGUGCUGGAUUCACAUUUUGGAAGAUUUUUGGAUUUGCUUCCCUGGUCAUGAAUAAAGAAGAAACUUCACUCAGA